UAAUUUUAAGAGAAGACGCAUGUUGACUUGCAUAUCCUCAAGUUCAGCAUAUACUUUGGAAUCUUUAGGAUUCAGUUCUUGUGAAAAUUACCCACUGGUUCAAGGAAUAAAAGUUCGAGAAAUUGACUUGAACCUCAGAAUAUGAUUAUAGUACUUACAGAGGAACAAUAUUUGUCUUGAAAUAGUUACGGUUAUAGAGGGUAGAAGAGCUAAUACUUUGCAAUGAAGUACGGGAAAAGGCUUCGGAAUGAGGUUGAGAGAAGCUUCCCUGAAUGGAGAGGUGAGUUUAUAUCUUAUAAGCAGUUGAAGAAACAACUGAAUCUGAUUGAUCCUGUGUCAAGGCCAAGGAAGAGGCCAAGAAUUUCCAUUGGAGAAAUUUUUGAUACUGGGUAUGGAAGAAAUGAUGUGAAUUCGAUGACGGUUAACGUCGGUUUCACCAGACUGUUAGAUGAAGAAAUGCAGAAAGUUAAUACAUUUUACAUUGACAAAGAGGAAGAUUACAUCAUCAGAUUAAAGGAGCUGCAGGACAUGGAAGCAAACUUGUCCUGCAGAAAAGAGAUGUUAAAUUUGCAGAAGGAUAUUUUAGAUUUUCAUGCUGAAAUGGUUCUGCUUUUGCAUUACAGUGUGCUUAACUCCACAGGAUUUGUGAAGAUAGUGAAGAAGCACAACAAGCGAGCAGGUGCUUCGAUUCAUGUUUCAUUCAUGCCAAGGGCGCUAGAGCAGCCUAUCUUCUCCACCGGCUUGCUUUACAAACUGAUGAAGGAGUGCGAAGCUAUGCUGCAUCGCCUUUUUCUGGACCAGCCAUAAGAUCACCAGAAGUAUAGCCGACAGAUUUGCAUCCCAAUAAAGAAGUUAAAUAUAGAAUGAAUAUAUAUAUACAUUAUAUUCAUUCACCAAAAGGAAAGAAAAACAGUAUUUGUUGGGAUUGGCUUGGUGUUGUCGUUGCUCAAACUCUCAUUUUGGUAUAGAUGUAUGCAUAUGUUGUAUAAAUAAAUGCUCUAUUGAGUCAUAUAAUUUUUAAACUUA